GUCUCCGCUCGCUGAAACCAUGGAAACAGCCCCGAAACUCGAUUCCAGUUCUGAUUUUGACCUCAUAAUCUUAGGUGCUUCGGGAUUUACUGGCAAAUACGUUGUCAGAGAAGCUGUCAAAUUCCUUAACGCCCCUUCCUCCCCUCUCAAAUCCAUCGCCUUGGCAGGUCGUAACCCUGCGAAACUCUUCGACGCUCUUAAAUGGGCCAGCCGUCCUGAUCCCCCGCCUUCGAUCCCAAUUUUAACCGCCGACACAACAGAUCCCUCUUCUCUCCACAGGCUCUGUGGCCAGGCCAAGCUGAUUCUCAACUGCGUCGGCCCUUUUCGUCUUUACGGCGACCCUGUCGUUGCCGCUUGUGCUGAAACCGGGUGUGAUUACUUGGACAUAUGUGGCGAGCCUGAGUUCAUGGAGAGGAUGGAGGCGAAGUACCACGACAAGGCUAUGGAGACUGGAUCUUUGGUGAUAUCGGCAUGUGGGUUUGACUCGAUUCCUGCUGAAAUGGGACUGAUGUUCAAUUCGAGACAGUGGCAGGCUCCGUCGGUGCCGAACCGCGUCGAAGCGUACUUGAGCUUGGAGUCCGAUAAAAGGAUUGUGGGAAACUAUGGGACUUAUGAAUCGGCGGUUUUGGGCGUGGCUAAUGCGAAGAAGUUGCAGGAACUGAGACGGUCGAGGCCCCGAAGAGCUAGGCCAGUGAUUCCUGGAGCUCCUCCUCCGAAAGGAAGUAUUGAACACCAGAAGAAAAUUGGACUUUGGGGAGUAAAGCUACCUUCUGCAGACUCGAUUGUUGUACGAAGAACACUAGCAGCUCUAACGGAGAAUCCCCACGGUCUUCCUGGAAGGAAUGAGAGCGCUGAGGCAGUUGAGAAAAGGGGAGCAUACUGGUCAAACGUGAAGCCAGCUCAUUUUGGUGUGAAAGUAGGCUCCAAAUCCUUGUUGGGGAUUUUUGGAUUUGUUACGAUCGGGGUUUUCUUUGGUCUUUUGGGAAGUUUUUCUUUUGGUAGGUGGCUUCUUCUGAAAUUCCCUUCGUUCUUUAGCCUUGGUGGGUUCAGGAAGGAAGGUCCCUCUGAAGAGGAGGUGGAAAGCGCUUCAUUCAAGAUGUGGUUUGUAGGGCAUGGUUAUAGCAAUGAGAGUCUUGCGGCACAGGGAAACUCAAAACCUGACAUGGAAAUUAUAACAAGAGUAAUGGGACCGGAAAUUGGAUACAUCACCACUCCAAUCACUCUUAUUCAGUGUGCUCUGGUUCUUCUCAGCCAACGGGACAACCUACCAAAAGGCGGAGUUUACCCUCCAGGUAUAGUGUUUGGUCAUACUGAUCUUCAGGAAAGACUUCAACAAAAUGGGAUAUCAUUUGACAUCAUCUCUAGGAGUACUCUUUCCUCUUGAUUGCUCCGCUUUAAUCUUUUGUUAGCCCAGGCAAAGUUAUCUUGAUCGGCAGAGAAACCCUCUUUCUUUUUUUUCUUUUGUCUUUUUUACAUUUUGCAAGGGUACUAAAGAUUUUACUUGUUCUGAAUUCGAUCAUCUCUUAACCAUGAGCACAUUUGUUCAGGUGCAUUUUACUUAUGUCUUUUAGGCUGAUAUUCUAGGAAAAUAAUAUGAUACAAAGUAGGCGGCGUAAUUUAUAAUUACCCCUCUUUUAUUUCGAGUAAUUAUUUAUGGAUUGAUUGAUCACUGUGUUUUAAUCCCGCAUUUUGUCCGAUAAAUCUUA